CUAGCCCGGACUCAGAUGAAUGCCAUCCCUCAGCUUCUGUGCAGAGGCACUGUGAGCCCCACUGUCCCUCCCGGCCAGGACACACAGCAGCAGCAGCAUGAGAGGAAGACCCAAAUCCACCUUGGAAGAGCCCCUGACCAAAAGUAAGAAGAGGAAGUAAGUGAUCAUGAAAUUUGGAGGCAGGGAGAAGAACGCAGUCGGGAAAGCGGCUGGUGGCCGUGGGUGAGACUGCAGAUCCUCCACAUAUGAGACCUCAGUUGCAUUGUUCCCGUGUCGUCUGGUGUACGGAAAGUGUAAGGGGCUGUACCUCUUCUAAAACGUUUCUAUAAUUGGAUGCACUCCUUUUUAUUGUGGGCAGCAAAACAAUUUAAUCUGGCCGAAAGAAAGACAAAAAAACAUUUGUGCUUCCUAAGAGUAAUAACUUAGGAUUUACGAAGAUGGCUAACUAUAGCAUUGUGCAGUGUCAGCCAGGCCGAGGCCGCCAGCCCUAAGAGAAGGAUAGUAUGUGUGUGUGGCAGCGAGUGGCGACCCAAGUGACUGUUUGCCAGCAUGGAACGACCUCCCCCGAGACGCCGGCACAGGGAUGACCAGUACGACUUCGGCUGGGCUCCUGCGAGGUAUGAGCCUCGGCAGUACGCCUCCCCUCCGGCCAGAGCCAGUCAGCUAGCGGCACCAGGCACGCCCUCCUCAUGCGCCUCGCCGGUUCGUCAGGAGGACCGGGAGCGGCGACGGCGGAGGAGGAGGAACUCGGGGGAGCGGGACAGGGAUGGCUCUGGGCGGCGCAGCAAGGGCGGGGGGCGGGAGGACCGGCGAGCCCUCCCGACGGACUACCGUGGCGCCCUAUCCCGGUUCUCCCCGCCCGUCCCUCACGCCCUCCUGAAGAAGAUCGGCACCAAGGAUGUCCAGGGCCUCGGCAAGGUCCGUGUGGUAUUGCGAGUGUCACCAGCUGUGCCCAUUGGGGAGGGGGAGGAGGAGGUGGUGACACUGGACAAGCGGCGGCGACAAGUGACUCUGGUGGAGCCACAGGCCCGCCAAGCACAGGAGUCUAGACUGGGCGUGGCAGCACCAAAGAUGUUUGCUUUUGAUCAGGUGUACACUCAAAAGGACCCCCAGAGUGAAGUGGUAUCUGGUGCAGUCGUAGAUGUGCUGCAUGCUGUCCUGGCAGGAAAUGACGGGUGUGUGCUUUGCUUUGGAGCAGCAUCAUUAGGGAAAACAUAUACCAUGCUGGGCUCUCACACUGGCCCAGGAGAGCUUGGAGUAGUUCCCUCGGCAAUUGCCUGGCUUUACCGUGCCAUCGUGGAGCAGAAAGCCAAGAGUGGUGCAAGAUUUAGUGUGAGGGUGUCAGCAGUAGCAGUGGACUCAGCAGGAGCCAUGCUGACUGACCUGCUUGCUGAAUAUGCUCAAGAAGGAGAAGCCUCACCUGGAGCUCUGUUGAGAGAAACUACAGGUGGCUACCUCUCCUCAGUGGCAGAGCUACGAGCACCAUCUCCUGAGGCAGCCGCCCACUAUCUGGAUGUUGCAAUCGCUGCUAGGUCAUCUCUUACCCCGCCUCAUCUGCAAGCCAGCCAACAGCAGCAUCAGGCCACCUCAGGCUCAGCCACAUUACUCUACACACUUCACAUCUACCAGUAUUCAGUAGACAAGUCAGGCAAAGGAGGGGUUGUUGGUGGACGGAGUCGUCUUCACAUGAUCGACAUGGGCGAUUUGAGUGGGAGUGGUGGGGGUAUGUCAUUGUCCUCCCUCACCUCAGUACUGCUUGCCAUCUUUAAUGGGCAGCGGUACCUACCCAAUCGGGAGAGUAAAUUGACAAUGUUACUGAAGGAAGCAUUGGGCUCAGUGACCUGCCAUGCUGCCAUGGUCGUUCAUGUGUCCCCAGCACCUCGACAUGUUCAGCACACCCUUGCAACUCUCCAGCUUGCCUCCAGAGUCCAUCGGAUGAGACGCAAAAAAUUAAAGGGUCUUGGUGGGUCAGGCUCUGGAGGAAGCUCUGAGGGCUCUCAUGGAAAAUCAUCCGGUGAAACCUCUGCAGGGUCUUCCUCAAUGGACUUUUCCUCAUCAGAACAGUCUUGUGACACUGUCAUCUACAUUGGUGGUGGUGGUCCAGGGGAUACCACAGACAAUGAGCAUCCUCCUGUGUUCAUGCCACAUCACACAAAUCAGCAGAUGUGGCCGAUCACACGACUCAGAUCCAUGGAACACUUGCGGCCUCACUCUGCAUCUCCAACCCCAGCCUACACCCGGAGAGCUGCUUCAGCGAGCCCCACACCAACAUCCCGUUCAGUACCCAAUGCCCAUCCCCAGGUGAAGCCCCGGCCCCCACCACGCACAGUUAGUAAUGCCAACAACUCUGCUGGAAAAACUGCUCUUGGAGGUGGCUUUAUAAGACACCAGCCAGGUGUCAGCCACAUUGCAUAUAAUAACAACAACACUCAGCAGCCACUUCUUUCAUCUUUCAAGCCACAGGUUGCUCUUGGUCCUCUUGUUCCUGGAGAUUUGCGACACUUCAACUACAAUGCUUAUGAAGAACCAAAUAAUUCAGUUCCCAUGUUUAAACAAACUAGAAUUCCUAUCACUGCACAGAUGCAGAAUCAGAGACAGUUAGAACUAAGGCAGCAGCAACAAUUUCACCAACAACCAUUGCAACAGCAACAGAACCAACAGCUGCAGCUACAACAGCAACAAGCACAGAAACAGCAACACCUCAGAUUGCAAAAGCAUCCGCAACUGCAAAAAGUUCAACAGAUACAACAUCAACAACAGCAAAGAUUUCAACUGCAAUUACAGCAGCAGCCUCAAAAUGUUCAGCAGUUGGUGCAACAUCAGCAAUACCAGCAAUUCCAGCAAUUACAGCAGCAGAACCAAAAACUCAUUCAGAUGCAGCAUUUUCAACAACAGAUGCAACAACAACAACUACAGCAAAUACAGCAACAACAACAACAACAACAACAGCAACAGCAGCAGCAGCAGCAGCAGCAGCCACAAAAUCAGCAGCAAGUACGUCAUCUUCCCAAAGGAGCAGUUGAUGGGGUAAUCUCAGAUGAACAGUGGAUUGAUGGGCCAAGGGUGCACAAGUCACGAGUUGCAGCAGCUCAGAAAAUUAAAACAAACAAAUCUGAAACUUGGGUGGAUGGUCCACAAAUGACUCCAAUUGGGUAUGGUUUCAUGGAUGACCAUAAAAAAACCAUGAUAGAAAGGUGGGUUGCAGUGCAAACAGCUCAGGUGGUGCAACAACUUGAGCAACAACAGACUGUACCGACCCAGGUCCCUGCUCAGGCUCCUACCACCCAGCAACAGUUCACUCACCUGACACAGUUCCGCACAUGUGAGGAAUCCACAUUAGAUAGUGAUCAAGACACCCUUAGUGAAGAUCCCCCCUCAGGGCCAGGUCAGCCAGCUGGCCUAGACAGUAACCUACCACCACAACCCAACCUUAUUGAAGAACUUGAACGCAAAAAUCUCAUUCCUGCUGAGAGCAGCACAGAUACAAAUGCUGAAAAACCCAACUCUUCACAGAGUGAGUCAGAAGCUCUACCAAAGGAGCCAGUUCUUGAUGAAAAGAGCACAGAGCCACAUUGCUCUCCAGAUGAGGCCUCUGGGGCAGAUGAGCCAUCUAUUGAUGAUAUUUGCUCUCAGUGUGAGGCACUGGCUGAGGAGUGUGAGGAAUUAAGUUCUCUCCUUUCAUGUGAAGAAGAGGAGUGUAAGCGCCAGGCACACCAAGGUUUGGCAACAGUGUUGGAGGAACCUGAGCUGGAAGCAGACAUGCUUGCUGAGGACCAGGACAAAGGCAGGGUGGAAGACGAAGAGGAGGCUGAGGCCAAUGGGGGUGAAGAGGCAUCCCAUACUCCUGCCAGAAGAGGAUGGGUGAGGCGCUCAGUGGCCUCAUCUGGCACCCAUCACUCCACAGAGCUAAUAGAAGUCCAGGUACCAGACCAUCCAGCCAUCACUAUGGACUGCUAUGUGCAGGUCUGUGAGGAGGACAUUCUUCGAGCCUUGGCAGAUACUCCCUGCCAGAGCGAGGUAAUGAGUGUUGAAACUAGUGAUGAUCACCCACUUCGAGUCCUCUCUGAAGAAAAUCUGACGUGUGCUUCCACAUUCACAGAUUCAUACUCUCAAAUAGGGGAGACAGGUGAUGAAGAUGAUUCAGAUGAUGAUGACUCUCGGCCUUUCAGUCUUUUUGAGGUGACAGAUUAUGGCAGGGUCUGCCAAGAUCUAAGCCUUGCUCUCCAGUCUGAUGUGGCCAAUCGCAACCUUCAUGAGUUAGCUAAAAUUCAUGACCUGUAUCGCACACUUGCUCGCCAGAGUCCACGAGUUCAUGCAGGUGGUCCCAGGCUGCAGGCAGCCACACUGGCAGAAAUUUUAACAAACAGCCAUGACUCUCUGUUAGAGGAAAAGAAACCUCUGGAAGAUGACAGUAUUUGCAGUGAGCCAGCCCAAGCAGAAGGGAAACUGUGUCGCCAGUGCAAUAAGAGACAGCUGCGCCAUGGAGACAGCAUCUUGAGGUUGGAGUCUGCCCUUAGGAGCAAGUCACAGUGGCUCAGUCGACCACUGGACACGCUGGAGGAUUCUGCCAGUGACAAAUGCAUUGGAACAGAAGAUUUGGAUUUUCCAGAAGAUCACUGCACAUGUGAUGUCCAGAGUGAUCUUGUGCCGUAUAUUCCUUCUAUGUUUUUCAAUUUCUCUCCAGUUCAUAAUCCUGAUAGCUUGUCUCAUUCAAGUCUUACACGCCAAGCCUCAGAAGCUAGUCUAUGUUUAAUGGAUGCUCCACUGGCAGAUUCAACUGAAAAAUUGGGAGAUCGAGUGCCUGUCAAUGGAGUGCCAUUGCCGGAGUUUAUAGAAGAUGUUGAAGCUAAUGUUGUCCUCUGCAAUCCAGUGCAAUAUGAUUACGGUAAAGACGAUGAUUUGUUUGAUGGAAAUGAUGAUCGGACAGUGACUGGAAAGAGUGAUAAUGAGAGUGACUGUGUUAGUAAUAUAAGUGAAGAUUCAGAAUAUAUGAUGCAAACUUCUAAACUCUCUAAAUUCUUAUGUGUUGGUGUUGGUAAAAGUAAAUCAAAAACCCCUUAUAAAAUAGCAAAGCAGAACAAUAAUAAAAUUAUAGAAAAUAAGAAAAACACAGCAAAACUAAAAGACUGCAAAGUUAAAAUCCCUACCAAAAGUAGAGAAAGUUCAAAAUCUCCAGAUCGUAAUUCAAAAAACUUGAUAAAGUCUCCCUCCCGAGUGGUCUCACAAAGUGCAGCCAAACAAAGUGUUAGCAGACGAAGCGACACCACUCUCUCAGUGCGCACCCGAUGGGGCAAGUCAGCCCGUGUUGGGGCAAGCAAACUGCCGGCUGUGAGUUCAAGGGGCAACUACAGAUACACCUGCACCCUCAUGUACCCACCUGAUGCAGCCACACCCACUGAAGGCUAUGACUCAGGCCAUGAUUCAGGUGCAGCAACCCAGGGUAGUGCUACACCCAUGGAAAGUGCUGAGUCUUGGAGAACUGGUGGCCAGGGUCUGCCAUCCCACCAGCACCAUGAGCAUCACCAUCAUCCAGCUGCCAACAGUGGCUCAUUAGGGACAAACCCUUCUCUGGGUGAGUCCUCUGGCUAUGAGAGCAUCCCAAGGGACUCAGAAUGUUCCUCAUUCAGCUCCUCCCAGGACUCUGAGAUGGACGAUGAGCACCGAAGGGAGGCACAGGGCCACUCUUCUGCUCCUUUGCAACCUCACUCUCAACCUAAGACUCAGAAUUCGAGUGGUCCAGCUAAGAUGCAAGUUGAAGACUGGUCUGAGGAGGAUGUAAAGCGGUAUGAAGGACGGCCAUGUGCUGCUGAAGUGCCACAACUGAGAGCAUACCGUCAGCAGGUGUUAUCUUUAAAAUCAGAGCAGCAAGCAUUGAAGGCUGAUCUGGCUCAGGCCAAAGGAAGUCUCAAUGUGCCAGCUGGCUCUUGGAGCUACGAACUACAUGUAAAGGAGGAUUCACCACUUGACAAACGCACUUAUGUGGAAGCACUCGCGAGGGAGACGAUUAUUUUACGAAAACGUGUGGCUGCUGCCCAGAGCCGCAUCCUCUUGGCCACAUCUUUCCUGCCCCGCCAGCGAUUAGAAACUUUGAUUAACUGAUAACCAUGAUUACCCUUGUAUCCUCAGCAUUCCCUGAUUCUCUUCUCCUUAAUUCAUUUUGUUGUCUAUAAAAAUUUCUUUGCCAGUACAUAUAUAAUUUUGUUAAUAUAUUUCAUAAUAAACCUUCAGCUGUUGGUUGAUGCAAUAUUUUCUGUAGAAUUUCAUUCAGCUUUACAAUAAUUUUGUUCAUGUUUCCAUUAGGUGACCCCCUUAAGGACAAGUCCUGUCUGGCAGAGUGAGCCAAUCUAGGGUAGUGGUAGUAAUGACCAGCAUAGUCACUGCUACUAUUGCUGUAAUUCAAGAUUUUCAUUAUCAUCACUGUAAUAGAAUAAUCUAUCAAUGUGGUUCAAUUAUUAUAAGAUACUACUACAUCCUUGAUUGCUACUGCCUUCUUAAAACAGAGAGAGAAAUACAAACACACACACACACACACACACACACACACAGAGAGAGAGAGAGAGAGAGAAUCCAUUUAGAGCUACAAUCAUGUGAUACUCUUAGCUAACCCUUCACAGCACCCUGGCGGCAGUGACAACAAUGGCAGGAUCAGCUGUAUAAAGACCAGAUACAUGGCUGUGUCACUGGACAGCAACAGAUGUACUUUUGUUACCAGUUAAACCUUGUAGACACUCUUUGGUCCUUAUACUAGAAAGAUGUUUAUGCAGGAGUUGUUAUACACCUAGAUGUGUAAUUUAUUCCUUUUCGUUAUAUUUCUUUUGUUUAGUCUAAGUCAAUAGGAUAGUUUUUUGGUGAAUGUGAUUCUUAUUUGUAUAUUUGUGAGCAGAUGGUUCUUGUAAACUUGCAGAAAUGCAAGACUGUCUCAGUUGCAUAAUGGUGUGAUUUACAUAAGAGCACAGAAUACAGUUUAAUAUAUAAUGAAUGUACAGUACAUUAGUAGGUAGUGAUUUACAAAGGUUUGUCCAAGUGCAGAAGCCAUGCAGAGGUACGAAUGAGCUCUAUCUCUUUUCUAUAUUUAUAAAAGUGGUCUUUUGCCAGCAUAGUCAUGUACUGUGUAAAAUAAAUGAUUGUUUAGUUA